UCUGCGGGCUAUUUAUACUUUGCCGUGUAGACUGGUAUGACGUACAACAUACUUACAGUUUCUAAAUUCUACUUUUUAAAUAUAAACGCGAAUGAAAAGGAGUAAGGUAGUGGUUUAUGGGAACUUUAAAUUCGUUUUCCGCUCAUAAACUGAAAUACUUUAAGAAGACGGCUGACGGAAGCAGAGCGCCGGGUUAGAGUCUCGGUUCCGUCCUCAGCGAAGACGCCCGUCGGCGACGCUCCGGGGCCCAUGGCUGCGAGUGGAUGGAAGGGCUUCUUCCUUUCCGCCUUUGACUACAAGACGGAAAAAUAUGUCAUUGCAAAUAACAAGAAAGUCGGCGUUCUCUACAGACUUGUUCAGCUGGCCAUUAUCGGCUACAUCAUCGGGUGGGUGUUCUUUACCAAAAAAGGCUACCAAGAAACAGAAGAAUCUAUCGAGAGCUCAGUGAUGACUAAACUGAAGGGCGUGUCCUUCACCAAUACCUCAGAUAUGGGGAUCCAUCUGUGGGGGCCUGAAGACUAUGUCAUUCCUCCCCAGGGGGAGAAGGUUUUUUUCAUAAUUACAAAUUUUAUCGAGACACCAAACCAAAUGCUUGGAUACUGUGCAGAGAGUAUUAAGGUCCCAGAUGGUCGCUGCAGACAAAACACAGACUGCCCAGAAGGAGAAACUGUCUUGGCUGGUCAUGGCAUUAAGAGUGGCCGCUGCUUGAAGAAACACUGGAACUCAACAGGAACCUGUGAGAUAUAUGGGUGGUGUCCAGUAGAGAGAGGCAGUCAACCAGAGGUACCAUUGUUGGGGAGAGCUGAGAACUUUACGGUCUACAUAAAGAACUUCAUCCGAUUUCCAAGGUUUGAAUUUUCAAAGUCAAAUGUUCUCAACACAACUGAUGACCAGUAUUUAAAGAAAUGCUUGUAUGACAGGACCCAGCACCCAUACUGUCCAAUUUUCCGUCUUGGAGACCUGGUUAGUUGGGCAGGUCACAGCUUCCAGAACAUGGCUGUUGCAGGUGGGUCCAUUGGUGUUAUCAUAGAGUGGAACUGUGACCUGGAUAAGGGUUACGACAGCUGCCAUCCACAUUACAGCUUCACUCGACUGGACAUGAGUUCUACAGCCAACUCCGUUACAUCUGGAUACAACUUCAGGAAUGCACGAUAUUACAAAAAUUCAGCUGGGCAGACUUAUCGUAGUCUGCUUAAAGUCUACGGCAUCCGUUUUGACAUCUUGGUACAUGGAAAGGCUGGAAAGUUUAAUAUCAUCCCUACACUAAUCAAUAUCGGCUCAGGUCUUGCUUUAAUGGGUGCUGGAGCCUUCUUCUGUGACUUGGUUCUCUUGUAUCUUAUGAAGAAAAGCACAUUCUACAGGGAGAAGAAGUUUGAACCUGCAAAGAAUGACAAGAAAAGCACAGAGAGUAAGGUAGUUGUUGACAAACAAAUCCAGGAAGAUGGGAGCUAACAGUCGCUUCUGGCAGAAAGAUAUGCACUGGGAGCGUCUGUCAAACACAGCUUUGAAACAGAAAUUGGAACCCACACCAGGCUGAUUGAUGUGCUGGUAUGUUGACCCUCCCACCAGCCUCCUAAAAGUAUCAAACAGGAGGCAUCACUCUGGCACUCUGUAACGAACCAGGAAAACAGACUUUCUUCCUCAGCUGCCAGCUUGGUGAUGCUACACUCAUCCUCCUGUCAUUAUGCAGAUACUACUGAAACUGUGAAAAUUUUUACCAAUCCACAUUUUUCCCCAUUUAUGACUAUAUUUUUGACUACUAUUUUUAUGUUAUAAAUUCAGUCAUUCCCAACCUGCCCCAUUUCAAAAGAAAAAACUGGUCUAACCAGUUUGCAUUGGAGAACAGAAGGGCAGAUGGCUUUCACACAGGAUCUGAAGGUACUGCCCAAAGACCUACAUCAUACGAUAUAUAUUCACUGCACAAAAGAUGUUUCCUCCAGUAAAAAAAAAAUAUAUAUAAAUGGCUUUCUCCUUCCUCCUCUUCCUUCUAAGAGCCUCCACCCUCCUCAAUAUAGCUAAUGGGAAAGCUAAAUUAAAAAUGUACAGUUUUUUUAAGAUCCUGACCAAUUUGCAAAUUGGAGCAAUGAUAGAUAUUGCUUGCCAGGCAUGAUGCCAAAGAGCAAAUUCUUUAACUGGUACCUGUAUAUGAUUUUAAUGCCACAGCUGUAUUCUUGUUUUGCACGUAAAGUGCAUUCCUUGUGUCACGUUCCCCACAUCCGGCACAUCGGCGACACCUGGUAAUAAAGAGGGAAGCCGAGGAAGCCCAGACG